AUGUCCGGGACCUCCGUUAAUUCCGCCUGUACUGACUGCCUAUCAUCCUCGCCGCAUCUCAACUCCACACAUCCUCAUAUUGAUGAAGAUGAAGAACUUCUGCAGUACAUCUGGAGAGAAUACCUGCAUCCUAAACAGUAUGAAUGGGUGCUCAUAGCAGGAUAUAUUAUUGUCUUCCUUGUAUCUUUGGUGGGAAACACCUUAGUUUGUUUUGCAGUUUGGAAAAAUCAUCACAUGCACACAGUGACCAACUACUUCAUUGUGAACUUGUCCUUUGCUGACAUCCUGGUGACAAUCACAUGUCUUCCUGCAAGUCUUGUGGUGGACAUUACAGAAACCUGGUUCUUUGGAAAGACCCUGUGUAAGAUCUUACCUUACUUACAGACAAUCUCUGUGUCUGUAUCGGUCCUGACACUAAGCUGCAUUGCCCAGGAUCGCUGGUAUGCUAUCUGCCAUCCACUGAAAUUCAAGAGCACUGCCAAAAGAGCCCGCAAGAGUAUCAUCUUGAUCUGGCUGGUUUCCUGUGUCAUCAUGAUUCCUCAAGCUAUAGUUAUGGAAUGCAGCAGUCUGCUCCCAGAGCUCACCAACAAAACCAGCCUAUUCACUGCGUGUGAUGAACAGUGGGGAGAUGAAAUCUACCCUAAAGUCUACCAUACCUGCUUCUUUAUCGUCACAUAUUUUGCUCCAUUAUGUUUGAUGGUCCUGGCAUACAUUCAGAUCUGUCAUAAUCUCUGGUGUCAACAGAUUCCUGGUACAUCCUCGGUUCUUCAGAGGCAAUGGAAGUCAUUGCAGUGUUCCACACAGGCCUCAGGCUCUGGAGAAUCAGUUAAAGUCAGAACCAGUACCGUGACAGCUGAGAUCAAACAGGUUAAAGCCAGACGGAAGACAGCUCGCAUGCUGAUGGUGGUACUCUUUGUCUUUGCCCUCUGUUAUCUUCCCAUCAGUGUACUCAACAUCAUGAAAAGAGUAUUUGGUGCUUUUAAGAACACAGGUAAUAGAGAGACUAUCUAUGCUUGGUUCACCUUCUCACACUGGCUUAUUUACGCCAACAGUGCUGCCAACCCAAUCAUCUACAAUUUCCUAAGCGGCAAGUUUCGAGAGGAGUUUAAAGCGGCCUUUAUCUGUCAUUGCUUCGGGAGAGAUGAGACGCACAAGGAGAGAGUUAGAGGAAGAACUAGCACAGAUAGCCGUAAAUCCCUGUCCACUCAAGUAAACAAUUUUGACAACAUCUCACGGAUAUCUGAUCAGGCUGUGUAGAGGACUGGCAGGAUUAAUCCAACAGGGUGCCAUUUCAGCGGUCACAACUGCUGACUACCAACUGGAAAAUAGAGCAUCUGCAUGCCAUGUUUUGAACUGAGAGAUGAAAAUGGCUCAUAUGAGUAAAUUCAGUAACAAGAUGAAGUGACAUGUGGAAUCACACAAUUGAACAUGUGCAAGUCAUUUUGUAGGAGGAAUUGAAAUAUCUACCCUUUGAACUGGGGGUUGCUUUCUGCUCACAGCGUGACUAAUGGAGCAGUAACAGGUGAUGAACCCCAUUAUCCUUUGAUAUGAUGUGCAUGAUGGCUCAUCUCUGAAACACACGUUACCAUGAGUCUGUAUUCUUCAGAGUCAGAUGGGAAGGAAACAAGAACAAACAGAGUUAUUAACAGUGUGCUUUCUUUAAAAUGGAUUUGCUGAAUUCAUCACGCUUAUGUUGUGUAAACAAUGUAAGUGAUGCCUUGAAGUGUCAAUGUACAUUUGCUUACCUGAAACUAAUCCAAGUACAAAAAUUAGCCAUACAUACUGCGUUACUGACACUCUUGGGUCCUUUACUAAGUAUUGAAUUGAGUCAUAAUGUUAAGUUACCAAUAUUAAUGUCAUUAAAUCCACAGAAGAAAAAUUUACAGGGGAUUAGAUAAAAGCAGAAUUGUCAUUUUUGUGGUAAACUACUAAUUUAAAUGAUCUUUAAGUCCUAGAGCAACUUGCACUUUACACAAGGCAUGGUUUAACUAAUAAUCGACUCCGUAUUUCCGGUGAAUAUGCUCAGAACCCUCGAUUAUUUCCGCCGAUCGCAUUGUUCUGCGCUGCAGGAACAAUAGUCCCUAAAACACCCAAAACAGCCACGGCAAAUAUUGCUGAUGAUUGUGCACUUUAUAUAGAUAUAUGUAUGUUUACUUUGUUAUAAUGACAUCUAAACUUAUAGAAUAGAAUAGAAUAGAAUAGAAUAGAAUAGAAUAGAAUAGAAUAGAAUAGAAUGAGCUUUAUU